AUGAGGGCCACCCUCAACCUCGGCCAUGUCCUUCUUGCUGGCCUCGCCAUCGUCACCCGAUUGGCUGAUGCAGCUGGUCUCUCCAUGUUCCCGGAAGGCUCUCUUUCUAGUGCGGGACUACCUUCUGUCUGCGAAGCCACUCUUUACCAGUCCAUCAACUGUGCUGAUGAGACUGCAGGCCUGGCGGUUGAUGGAUAUCUCGACAGUGAUGAUCCAGCAAUCACCAAGCUAGUGUGCCGCCCAACCUGUGGAGGUGCUAUUGGACACAUGCGAACAAAAGUUGCUUCAGCUUGUGGCACCGAAGAGAUGGUCCCUGGCAUGUCUUUUGUCCACAUGGUUGAUAAGCUAUGGAGCAGUUGGAACCAGACUUGCUUCACCGACCCCAAAACUGGAAAGCUCUGCCACGACGUUAUUGCAGCGUUUCCAGAGGUUGACGAUGUCUCUAAACUCUCAAAGUCUGACUUGUGCUCUUACUGCAACGUGGAACAGUAUAAGAUCAUGCAAGCUGACGCUUAUACGGGAGCUUAUGAUGAGUAUGCGCAAUCUAACUAUCAGUACGUUGCAAAGACAUGUGACCUGAAGGUAGACAACUUCAACGCCACAGAUAGUGCAUUCAAUGUCACGAACCCCGAUGCCAGUAGCGAUAUCUGCGUAUCUGGUAAGAUAUACGACGCGAAAGCUGGUGAUAGCUGCGACUCGAUCGCGCUGUCUCAGGGAGUGUCCGCGGCGACCAUGUAUUACAUCAACUCCAACAUUUUCGACUGUACUAAGAUCGCCGCUGGGACCAACCUCUGCCUUCCGCUUACAUGCACCAACAUUUACCAGGUGCAGAAAGGUGAUACCUGUCUCGAUAUCGCCUUGAACAAUGGUAUCAUGAGCGACCAGCUCCUGUCGUACAAUUCUCAACUCAACUGGAACUGCACCAAUUUGCAUGACGCGGAUCCCUACUGGGGCAGUACCUUGUGUGUUUCAACACCGGGAGGAUUAUAUGCUGGGCAGCCACUUAACAACAACACUGCGAACGUCGAACCUCAGCGCGUUGACCCUCCUUCUGGUACGACCGUUGCCAACGGCACUACCUUAGAGUGUAGCCACUGGUUCACAUACGACGGUGACCUCAGCUGUACGCAGAUUUGUCUUGCAAAUGACGUUGCCAUCAACCUCUUUACUGAGAUCAACCCAUCUCUGAACAAGACCACUUGUGACCAAGAUUUGAUUGUCGGCAAUGCCUACUGUGUCGAGCCUGUUACUGGAUGGGAUCUACCUGCACUUACCGAGGCUGCUACCAGUCGAGCGACGGGCACCGAAUCUCCUACCGGUACCAAAGCAACUGCUGUCACUGCUUCGACAACACCGACUUCAACUAGCGAAAAGGUGCCCAGCCCUACACAACCUGGUAUUGUCGAUAAUUGCAACAAGUGGCAUUAUGUUGAUAACGGCGACGGCUGCUAUUCUAUCGCUGAGAAGUCCCAUAUCAGCCUGGCAGACUUUUACAAGUGGAAUUCUAAGGUUGGCAAUGACUGUUCGGGUCUCUGGCUGCACUACUACGUCUGUGUUGGAGUUGCAUCCUGA